GGGAAGAACACUGGCCCAGGUCGGACUGGGCAGAGGCCAGUGUUCCUGAGCCUUGAAGAGAUGUCCAGAAAUAGAUGGGGUGGGGAGUCACAUUUCUGAGCAGCUGUGCAGGGGAGGCACAUGGGGUGGGGACUGACAGUGUGAAAGACAGAGCUGGCCUGCCACUCCCCAGGUGACCACUGCGGAGAUCCACACCAGCCUCCCAACCCUUGACGAGGCCUAGAUGAGGAAACUGAGACCCAAAGAGAGACAGCAACUGGCCCAGGGUCACCUCCAACAUGCAGAUGCCUGCCAUGAUGUCUCUGCUACUUGCAGCCGUGGGCCUCAUGGAAGCACUUCAGGCCCAAAGCCACCCCAUCCAACGCCGAGACCUCUUCUCUCAAGAACUGCCCCUGGACAUGGCCCUGGCCUCCUUUGAUGACCAGUACGCUGGCUGUGCCGUAGCCAUGAUGGCUGCUCUACCAGAUCUCAACCACACAGAGUUCCAGACCAACAAAGUGUAUGCAGAUGGCUGGGCGCUGGCAAGCAGCCAAUGGCAGGAGCGCCGGGCCUGGGGGCCAGAGUGGAACCUCAGCCCUACACGUCUGCCCCCGCCACCCCCGGGCUUCCGCGAUGAGCAUGGGGUGGCCCUCCUGGCCUACACAGCCAACAGCCCGCUGCACAAGGAGUUCAACGCAGCUGUGCGUGAGGCAGGCCGGUCGCGGAACUACUACCUCCAGCACUUCUCCUUCAAGACACUCCAUUUCCUGCUGACGGAGGCUUUACAGCUGCUGAGCAGCAGCCAGCGUCUGCCCCAAUGCCGCCAGGUGUUCCGAGGGGUGCAUGGCCUGCGCUUCCGGCCAGCGGGGCCUGGAGCCACCGUGAGACUGGGGGGUUUUGCCUCUGCGUCCUUGCAGAAUGUUGCAGCCCAGAAUUUUGGGAAGGACACCUUCUUUGGCAUCUGGACCUGCCUUGGGGCCCCUAUCAAGGCCUAUUCCUUAUUCCCUGGAGAGGAAGAGGUGCUGAUCCCCCCAUUUGAGACCUUCCAGGUGAUCAAUGCCAGCAGACCAGCCCAGGGCCCCGCCCGCAUCUACCUCCGGGCCCUGGGCAAGCGCAGCACAUACAACUGCGAGUACAUCAAAGACAAGAAGUGUAAGUCUGGACCCUGCCAUCUGGAUAAUUCAGCUAUGGGUCAGGGCCCCCUCUCUGCAGUCUGGCCCCUACUGCUGCUGCUCUGGUUCCUUGGGUGAGGGCCUUUCCAGAGAGUCCAGGCCUCCUCUAACCCAUCAGACACCAAACAGCUCUGCCUGCUGCUGCCCACCCUGAGGAUGCCAUGGCCACAUGUGUGCUUUACGUGUUGCCAAGAUGCCUGGUAAACCUUCUUGCAUGGAACUCUGGGACAUUCUCUGGCAGCUGCCAGAUCUGCUAUGGAGAAACAGGAAAGAAUUUGGGGACUGAACCUUAUCCUCUGAAUAGAGGUAAAGGGACUCCAGGACAGGCAGCAACUCACUCAAAGAUAGAAGGGACUUCAGCUCAUUUGGGGGGUGAUGGGAGAAGAAAGCUCUUGGCCAUGGUACUUGCUGGUGUUACUUAAAUGUCUCAUAUGUCCACCUGGAAAAUUCCUAUUCACUCCUCUAGGAAGCCUUCUCGACCUCCCCCAUUAGGGGCCCUGCCUUUGUGCUCCCAUGGGUCCCUAGAUGCUUCCAUGGAUCACGUGUCUGUAUCUAUCUGCCACAUUGGACUGUGAGCUUCCUGAGGGCAGAGACUGUGUCUCAAGCACAGAGGUGGUGCCAGGAAAUGUGUGAAAGUCAGAAAGGAACAAAUAGCUGGGAACGGCUAGUCCCUGUACUGCCGAACCUUGGAUGCUGUCAAGCUCCAAAUGUCUGCAUGCGGGAAUGGGGUGGACUGUACCUAACUCCAGAGCACAGAGAGCAGGAGAGAUGGAAGAGAGAGCUCUGGGCCCUCUGCCAGGGUCUCAGCCAAAUCCCACUCAUUUUCUUUUCUUUUUUUUUGAGCCAGAGUCUCACUCUGUUGCCUGGGCUAGAGUGCCAUGGUACCAGCCUA